AUUACAAUAUAAAAGAAAAAGAACCCUCAACGUCUCCGCUCAAUACUCGUCCUGUCCUUCUCUCGUUUUCACAAAAUGAUGAAGGCAUCUUUGAAGGGCAGGUAUGAAAAUGACAGAAGCGGCGGGGCAGCCACGGUUGCCUUCAACGCCGGCGAUGUCAAGCUCCGGGCUUCUAUGACUGACGCUACCGUCGUCAAUGGCCCCAGCUUAAACGGCUUGGUUUUAGCUGUCGAGAAACCCGGCUUCUUCAUUGUCGAUUACAAUGUUCCCAAACAGGAUUUUCGGUUUCAGUUUAUGAACACGGUUAAGUUUGCUGAUAAGCCCUUGAACCUGACAUACAUUCACAGCAGAGGGGAUAACCGCACUGUAUUAGAUGGAGCUCUUGUGCUUGAUUCAGCUAAUAAGGUGUCUGCAAAUUACAUGCUUGGUACAGGGAAUUGCAAGCUGAAAUAUACUUAUGUGCAUAGAGGGGCGACCACAUUUGAACCGUGCUAUGAUUUGGCAAAGAACUCCUGGGAUUUUGCCGUUUCACGGAAGGUUUAUGCUGAUGAUGUGUUUAGGGCUACAUAUCAAACAUCAAGCAAAGCACUGGGAUUAGAGUGGUCAAGGAAUUCAAAAUUUAAUGGCAAUUUCAAGAUUUCUGCAUCUGUCAAUUUGGACGAGGAAAAGAAAGUGCCAAAACUAAGUGCUGAGACUACAUGGAACUUUGAGAUGUGAUAUGUUCUUUCUUUGGUAAUAAUUGCAUUUGCUGGAUUGCUAUGCCCCUAAUAGCUUUAAGCUUAUUUUUGUCCUUGAAUAUUGUUUAUAAUUGUGAGUGAGCUAAUUACCUCGCAAGGGGGCAGCCUCGAUGGCAUCAUUUGUCAAACUGCUUAUUUCUGUAUUGAAAUAUGAUACUUAUUUCUGGUGCUCAAA